AUGGUGGGAGGCUUGCUGCUGGCUCUGCUCUGUGCCACAGUCUGGGCUGAGUUUGACAUCAGUCUGGACAUACACUGGGACCGCUGGAAGAAGAUUCACCAAAAGAAAUACCAAAAUGAGGUGGAGGAGAUGGGUCGCAGAGCAUUGUGGGAAAACAACCUGAAGCAGAUCAACAUUCACAACCUGGAGGCGUCUAUGGGCCUUCACACCUACACUAUGGGCAUCAACCACCUGUCUGACCUGACUAAGGAAGAAAGGCUGAAAAUAUGUACCCCUCUGAAGCUUCCCAAAGACUUCAAAAUGACACCAACCCCUCUCCAAGAACCAAGCGAGGAUAUACCAGACAGUGUGGACUGGAGAAAAGCUGGCUUAGUGACUAGUGUCAAAAAUCAGGGUGAGUGUGGGUCGUGCUGGGCCUUCAGUUCUGCUGGGGCUUUAGAGGGUUUGUUAGCUAAGACCACAGGGAAGCUGAUGAACCUCAGCCCUCAGAACCUGGUGGACUGCUCAUCAGAAUAUGGAAAUGAUGGCUGUAAUGGUGGACUGCCUCAUCAAGCCCUCCAGUACGUCAUUGACAACCCAGGCAUUGACUCACUAGCUUCCUACCCUUAUGAAGGAAUGGAUGAAACUUGUCAUUACAACGCGACAUACCAAGCUGCUACCUGCUCGUCCUACAGCUUUGUGAACAAGGAUGAACAGAGUCUCAAACUGGCUUCUGCUAUUAUCGGGCCAAUCUCCAUCGCCAUCGACGCCAGUGAUAUUAGUCAGUACACCUCUGGUGUUUAUUAUAAUCCAUACUGUGGACAGGACUUGAACCACGCAGUGCUGGUCGUAGGCUAUGGCACCGAUGACAUCACCGGGCUGGACUACUGGCUGGUGAAAAACAGUUGGGGCGCAAACUGGGGAGAAAACGGCUACAUCCGGAUGGCUCGCAACAAGAAUCAAAUGUGUGGCAUCUCUUUGUACUCAGUGUUUCCUCAGUAA